AUAAUAGCUGCUUUGCCGCGCGCGCAUGCGCAGAAGGCGGAAAUGCAGCGGAUGUGGAGAUGAGCGUCAGGAUUACAGACUCUGUUGCUGGGGCUCUGCUGGGCUCGUGAUGAUUGGGAAGCACUUCUUCAGCGAGACCGACAUCAAGAGCGCGUGGGAGCAGGUGCUGACGGCCUUCUGGCAGAGAUACCCCAACCCAUACAGCACUCACGUUCUGACGGAGGACGUACUUUUCCGCGAGGUGACGCCGGAUAACCGGCUCCUGUCCCGGCGGCUCCUGACGAAGACCAAUCGUCUCCCUCGCUGGGCGGAGCGCGUCUUCCCCGGAAAUCUGUCGCGCUCGGUGUACAUCAUCGAGGAUUCAGUCGUCGACCUCGGAAACAGAAGCCUCACGUCGCUGACCUGGAACGUAAAUCACGCUAAAUUCAUGGUAAACGACAACAACACACAUAUUAACAUUUACAUUUUGUUUAGAAACAUGCUUUGA